GCCAUUUCGAUCACCCGAUAGAAAAUAUUUCGGAUACUUCUCUCAGGAUAAAUAUCCCUCAACAAUAAUCAUAAUCAACUCUAGUUAAAUUUGGACUUAAUUAACUCAGACGGAAACUUUGCUGAUAACACCAUGUAUAUAUAUAUAGUCUCUGCUAAACACAUCUAGAAAGCCCUAUAGAAACCCCUGUUCAAAGCAUACUUUUUUUAUGUUUGUCAAAAUAAAACAAUCCAGUUCUCUGAAAUGGGUUUACCCAGAAAGUCCCUCUCUUUGCUCUUUGUUUCAUUGUUUUCAGUCACAAUCUUUAGUGGUGGGUCUUUUACUUUCUUUACCAUAGCUGCAGAUGAUACCAACUUGGUCUUUAAGGGCUGUGCAAACCAGAAAUUUCAAGACCCAUCAGGGGUUUACUUACAGAACCUCAAAAACCUUAUGUCAACUUUGGUUUCACAGUCAUCACAGAAAACAUUCUCCACCACAAGCUCUGGUGAGGAUCCAUAUGCAAUCAUGGGUCUUUACCAAUGCAGGGGAGACCUCACACCAAGCCAGUGUUACACCUGCGUGAGCAAGAUCCCAGAAAUGAGUGAUAAACUUUGUGGUUCAGCUGUUGCUGCCAGGGUUCAGCUGACUGGAUGUUACCUAAAGUACGAAGUUGUUGGGUUCAAACAGGUUCCAGGGACUGAGUUUUUGUACAAGGUUUGUGGGUCAUCUCGGGCAGGAGGGACUGAGUUUGAGAGCAGGAGAGACGCCGCUUUCAACAUGGCGGAAAAUGGUGUAAAAAGUGGCGAUGGUGGUAGUGGGAGCAGCUUGUUUUACACCGGAACUUAUCAGUCUGUUUAUGUUUUGGGGCAGUGUGAAGGUGAUUUGGCUGCAAGUGAUUGUGGGAAUUGUGUGAAAACUGCUUUCGAGACUGCUAAAGAUGAUUGUGGUGACUCAGUUUCAGGACAGGUUUACUUGCACAAGUGUUAUAUUAGUUAUAGCUACUAUUCUAAUGGUGUUCCAACCAUAUCCUCACCUUCAGGGGCAGGGACAGGGACAAGGCAACAUGCUCAGAGGACAGUGGCAAUCGCAGUAGGAGGAGUGGCAGCUUUGGGGUUCAUUAUCGUUUGUCUCAUGUUUCUCAAAUCAGUGUUUAAGAAACGGAGGAGUAAAUCUUAAGGGUAUUGAGAGAGACAAAGCUGGGAGUGUGAGAAUUUCAUGGAAAAAUAUGAAGCUUCCCCACAAAUAAAUACUAACCUUUUUAACUUUCAAAUAUAAGGGAUAGGAUUAUUCAAAGACUGAAUCAGUCUUUUGUCACUCCACGUAUGUGUAUAUAUGUACAUAUGUAGAUAUAACAUGAGUAAUACAAUUUUACAAUCUUGUUAAUUUUGCAAA